AUGUUUGUCGACAACUUCCCUGAGGGAUUCUUUUUCAUUCGUUGCAAGGCCACUGACAUGGCCCUGGAUGUCAAUGACGGCGGCAUGCUGAACGACUACACGAUGAUUAUCUGGCCGCAAAAAAUGGUGGAUAGCAUCAACCAGCUGUGGAUGCAUGAAGAUGGCUUCUUGAUCAAUCGCAAGUCAGGACUAGUGCUAGAUAUUCGCGGAGGCGAUAUCAAAAAGGACAAGGCAAUUAUCCAGUACGCACGGAAGCCAGGACUCGCACACAACCAGCGAUGGCAGUAUAAGGACGGCUACAUCUUCCCCGCAGCAUCGCCUAACCUGGUGCUCGACAUUCGUGGCGGAGAGUACAAGGACGCAGCCUCCAUCUUUCUAAACAGCAGAUUACCCGGCAGUAACACAACCCAACAGUGGCUGAUACAGCCAUUCCAAGAUACGAGGUCCAAGCAGGACCUUGCCUUGCUGCGGCCACCACCGUUGCAGAAGCACCUGACCGAGUUCCCUCAGCCAGAGGACCUUUGCGACUACCAUCGACAAGUGUACCAUGAAAACAUGCCAACCUCUUCCUCCUCCUACUCCUACUCGGGUAAACAGAUAGCGGGUGCUGCAGCAUUCGAGGGUAUCCGACGCUAUCUGCUCGCACAAAAGAAAAAGGACGAGCCUAUCGUGACCCCUCAAGCAAGAGAGACCAUCCAGUCCUUGGUAGCACAACAAAUGGCUGAGCUGAAAGACAAGAUCCCAUCCGACCAGCAACAACCCUGUGAACUGGUACGCACAGCAGAACAAGCUGCGGCCAGCUAUUUUGCUCGCGAAUACGAAUCGUCGUCGUUGUGA